GUUUUCUUGCCCGUCAAGACUCAGGCUGCUCACUUUUUCAUCGUCGACGCUCACCCCACCGCUUAGUCCUUCCGUCGGCGAAGACCCUGCGUGGCUACGUCAGAAGGUGCUGUCGAGGACGGCGGUGUGACCUGCAUUGCUGCUGAAGACGCUGCCUCAGAAACUUCCGUUGCUGCAAGCAGUAUGACUAAGGCGGAACUAGAUGUUCCUCAAAAGGGUGGAUUCAGUUUUGAUCUGUGUCGGAGGAAUGAGAUGCUGCUGAAGAAAGGUGUUCAACCACCAUCUUUUCGGAAAACUGGAACAACAAUUGUUGGGCUCGUUUUUAAGGAUGGGGUCAUUCUUGGAGCUGAUACAAGGGCUACAGAAGGGCCAAUUGUCUGUGACAAGAAUUGUGAAAAAAUCCAUUACAUGGCACCGAAUAUAUAUUGUUGUGGAGCUGGAACUGCUGCUGAUACAGAGGCAGUAACAGAAAUGGUUAGUUCUCAGCUAGCCUUGCAUCGUUAUGCAACUGCUCGAGAAUCCAGAGUUGUCACUGCCCUUACCCUCCUCAAAUCUCAUCUCUUCAGCUAUCAAGGUUAUGUUAGUGCUGCCCUAGUACUUGGUGGUGUUGAUGUUACAGGACCUCAUUUGCAUACUAUAUAUCCUCAUGGUUCCACUGAUACUCUUCCCUUUGCAACAAUGGGUUCUGGAUCACUGGCAGCAAUGUCAAUGUUUGAGUCUAAGUACAGAGAAGGCAUGACGAGGGAUGAAGGAAUACAACUAGUAUGCGAUGCAAUCUGUGCUGGUAUCUUCAAUGACUUGGGAAGUGGAAGCAAUGUUGACGUCUGUGUCAUAACUAAGGGACAUAAAGAGUAUUUGAGGAAUCACCAGUUGCCAAAUCCACGUACAUAUAUCAGUUCAAGAGGAUAUUCAUUUGAGAAGGGCCGAACUGUGGUUUUGUCAACAAAAACCAAGCAGUUGAAGGAGCUGGUGGAAGUGACUGAAGGUGAUGCAAUGGAAGAAUGAGUUGAACAUUGGCCCUGCCCCAUAUGGAAGGUGGAACUGUAAUCAUUAAUCUAUUGAGCCAUUUCUUUGGCUCAUGACUUUUAUUUGUAGCUUCUCUGUCUCUCUUCCCCACUUUUCACCACCCUCUCUUUUGUCGUACUUGUCAGGUUGACUGAGGUUACUGUUAUUGAUGAUUCAUUACUGAUA